AUGCAAUUCGACGCCAGUUUUCUCCAGAAAAUCGUUGCGGCAAAUGUGUUGAACGAAAGAGGUGGCCAAGUAAUCUGUUCAAAAUUCUUGAGUUUCCAGCACAUUCCAAAAAAUUCUACCGUCAUUCGAAGCUCCACUCAUGUUUGCCCACACUAUGUAAAGGGUCCCAAUGUGACGUACGUUUUUACUAUUUUUGAAUGUAGAUUUACAGGGUGUUUCAAGAAAAAUGUUACAAUCUAACGAGCUAUAUUUUUACAACAAAGCUACACAUGUUAAACUUGGCAUGAUGAAAGUUGGAACCACAAGUUUUUUGUCACAAAAUUUUAGUUUUUAGCAUUUUUCUUGGAACAUCUUGUAGUAUCACGCUCAGGGGCAUGCGGGGACUUUUGGUCUGAAAGCGGGGGUCGAAAAAGUUGGCACAGGUUGCUAGUCACCUGUGCCGAUUUUUUGCGAAAAAAUUUUUUCGAAAGAUCCACAGGGGGGACCACGUUCAACUUUUUUCGAAAAUUUUUUUCUGGGGGAGGGGGGUUCCCCCAGCGCCCGGCCCUGGUCACGAUAGCAUAAAAUUUCUUGUUAGUCACCGGAUGUCUUGCUGAAACUUCCUGCUGACCUAUUCAUGUUUAAUAUUUAGAAAGUUCACGUAUGACAAAUUUGACGUCACUGAUCUGAAUUACGUUUUUUCCUUAAAGGACAUCGACAAUCUGUAUGCCUAUCAAAACGUUAAGGGCGCGUAAGUUCUUUGAAUUUAAAAGUAGUGACGGAGUGACAUGUUUAGCAUAGGGGAGAAUCUGUUCGCAAAUAUUAUAACCUUUUUUAGAGUCUAUGGGCUUUAAGUGUGAAGUUCGUAUAAAAAUAUUUCAAAUUCUAAUUUUUAAGGUUUAUCGUCUUUAACUUUAAUCGCCACAAGCCAUUUUAUGUUCCCUAUUCGAAAGAAACAAAGCAUUGGAUGGUUGGAAGCGUGGUGUUGCAACAAGGGAAGGAUGAAAGGGUUGGCUUUUAUGAAGGUAGAUAUUUAAAAAGCAUCAACAACGGCAAUGUUGACCUUUUCCAUGAGAAAGUUAUCGGAAGUACUAAGGCUGGCAACUUAUGGUUUCGUAAUGGCACCUGCAAGAAGUUCGAAGCAAAAGAAGGCAACUUGGUUGGGUACAAUUGCUUAAAUCCCAGUGAACUGCUUUUAUCACUGGUACAGUUUUAGUUUUUGAUAAUAAACGUCCAUCAUAUGUAAUUUGUAUUUUUUGUAUUUCAGAAGGCAUUGAAAGAGUGUGGUGCCACCUUGAGUGAUGAUGAAGCCAGUGCGCACGACUUUGCCAUAUUGUAUUAUGAGUGAGUGGUUUGUUACCUUUUGUGUUGUACUGGUCAAAUGAAAAUGUCUUUUAAAAUAAUGGCAAUACUCAUAUAACAUAAUAUAUUGAAACUGUAGGCAAGCGCCCACCACCACAACCAGUACAACACUAGCCACCACCACUGAAAUGGUAACCGAUCCUGACGACGUAUUCACAACCUCAUCUGCGCAAUUGUGAGUUUGACUUGGACUGAAUUUUCUUCUAGCCUGCAGAGAAGGGGGUAGAGUGAAAAAUUUGUCAAUUUUGUUCAAAUUAGUAAUGUAAAUCGUUUAGGGAAACACCAACGACUACUGGCAAUGUAUCCACUGACACAAACGAUACAGGACUAUCACUUUUGGCGACGUAAGUUUAGAUGUUGUACCCCCCAAAAAAAUUUUCGAAAAAAGUUGAACGUGGUCCCCCCUGUGGAUUUUUGGAAAAAAAAUUUUUUGACUCCCACCCCGACACCAAAAGUCCCCGCCCAGCACUGGGUGUCAUGUUUUUGAAUUAAAAACUUAUUUUGAUCAUCCAUUUUAUUUAUUUUUCAAAAAAAUCUGAUGAAAAUUGAAUUUUACAAUAUUGAAGUUAAUCUACGUAUUUUAGAAUUGCCAUCGUAGUUGGUGUAGUUUUUGGAUUGGCGUUAGCAAUUUCGAUUUUCAUUUAUUGGAAGUAUUAUCUGAAGGAGAAGAAGAACGAAGAAACCGACAUAACUUCAUCAAAACCAGCGACGUCGCCUGGUAAUGCAGCUAACGAUAAAAGUAGCGCCAACAGUCCUUCUGGCAACAACCAUGGUUCUGAUGGCGAACGCGUCUGUUGA